CGCCAUUACGCUGCGUGACGUGCGUGUUGCGGAGAGUGGGGCUGCGGCCUAGUGACUGAGCAGAGACCGGGACCUCGAUUUUGCAGCUAGCCCAGACACCAUGGCCCCACGGCUGCAGCUGGAGAAGGCCGCGUGGCGCUGGGCGGCGAGCGUCAGACCGGAGGAUGUGGGUCUGGAGCAGAUCGAGACCGCUUACCGAGUGCGGCUGGAGCCCUGCGUGCGGGGGGUGUGCAGGUACCGAGCUCGGUGCUAUCGGUCUCACUGUGUGAGAGCUCCGGGUCCCUCAUUAUAACCCAACCCCGCCCGGGGCCGCUAACCAACACUGCGCCAUCACACAGGACCCCAAUACAGCCCCCCCUUAAUACAGCCCCCCCUUAAUACAGCCCGGGGACCCCAAUACAGCCCGGGGACCCCAAUACAGCCCCCCUUAAUACAGCCCGGGGACCCCAAUACAGCCCCAAUACUGUGGGGACUAAUACAGCCCCAUGUCUGUGGGGACUAAUACAAUAUAAUGCAAUGGGGACUAAUGCAAGCUAUGUGCAGCCAGGGACCCCAAUGCAAUGUAAUACAACCAGGGACUAAUGCAAUACUAUAAUACAGCCAGGGGACUAAUGCAAUAUAAUACAGCCAGGGACCCCAAUGGCCCUAUAAUGCUGUAGGGACCCCAAUGCAUGGGACCCAAUACAACCGGGAACCCCAAUACAAUGGGACCCCCUCCUUAAUACAACCAGGUUAAUACAGCUAUAAUAUAGCCGGGGACUAGUAUUAUAAUAUGGGGACCCCAAUACAAUAUAUGCUGCCGGGGACCCCAAUGCAAUAUAAUACCUUAGGGACUGGCCUGGUAUAAUGCCCAGGGACCCCAAUACAGCCCCCAUAAUACAGCCUGGGACCCCCUCCUUAAUGCAGCCGGGACCUAUUGCUGUACAACCCGGGACCCCAAUACAGCCCCCACUCAACAAUACAGCCGGGACCCCAAUGCAGCCCCAUAAUGCUGCCGGGGGACCCCAAUACAGCCCCCAUAAUACAAUGGGACCCCAAUACAGCCCCUUAAUACAGUCCAGGUUGUACAGCCCCUUAAUGCAAUUUAGGGACCCCAAUGCAGCCCUCCUUAAUACAGCCGGGGACCCCAAUACAGCCCCUUAAUACAGCCCGGUGACCCCAAUACAGCCCCCCCCUAAUACAGCCUCUGGGUCCUCAGUGAGCACCAAUUAUAACCGCAGGAGCUUCGCAGACCCCAGUUAUAACAAUCUCUUUUCUUAACGUUUUCUUUCAGAAGGAACUGCAAAGGAAAUCCAAACUGUUUGGUUGGGAUUGGUGAACAUGUUUGGUUGGGAGAAAUAGAUGAAAACAGCUUCCACAAUAUUGAUGAUCCAAACUUUGAGAGGAGGAAAAAGGUGUGCACUCUAUUCUUAUUAAAUAGUAGCUUGGAACUGUUUUUAUAUUUUAGAAUAAACUAAUACAGAGAAAAUAGACUUGUACUGUGGGUUUUUACUUUGGCUGUUUAUUGUUUGAGUAAAUAUCCCUUAGGCACUAGCGAGUUUUUUCCUCCUGAUAUGGACUUGCACUUCCCUUGACAAAUUAUGAUAAAUUAUCUUGAGAUAGUGUUAUGGUUAAUGAGACCUGCUAAUCUAACUUUCUGCAUAAAAAAUAGUAAAAUAGUGAGAGCACACUGUACAUGCAAUAAAUUAUAUUACCAAUACUUCACAAGGUAAAUGGCUGAAACAUAAAAAAGGAGAGAAAAAAACACAUAGGGUAAUAUUGUUUACACUGUGUAUAUUAACCGUAUGUAAUUGGUUGCACUCACGUGGUUCUGAGUCACUUUAAAAGCUGACUCAGACUAAGGGCUUAAAUCGGAGAAGAAAUCCUUAAUACUGGACCACUUGUGUUGAAAUAUACGUUGAGAUAAAGUUGUCUCAGAAUCUAACUUUCUCAUUUUCCAUUUCUUUUUCCAUAAUAUAUGCUGUUCGCAUGCAUGACAUUUAGCGACAGUGUCUUUCUAUCGCAAUAUGGACCCAAAAGCAUGUCCUGAAACAUGAUUUUCAUUCCUAAAGAUGAUUUAUAAAAAUAUGAUAAGCAAAAACUAAAAAAAAAAUAACCGUAAAGAUCCUUUAGGCUAAUUUCCCUACCCAUCAUUUGGCUGUCUCCUGCAGAAGAAGUCUGAUGUCUCUAUUGAAUAAAGCCUAGACUGCACUCCGCUGAGAGCGCUCUGUUUUUGCUCCCAACCUUUGAAUGUGGUUAUCCGUGACCUUGUUUAUCUCUGUAGAGCUAACAUGAUUCUCCGGCAGGGGAUGCUUCACAGCAUGACUUUAUUUUCGUCUCUAUUUCAAAAUAUGGAUUUUAGCCAAUUUUGUAAAUGUUAGAAAUGUUAGUGUUUUUCCUGUGAUGACACUGCCAACUCUAAUGUGGUUUUAUUUUUUGCCUCUUGCCAUAGAAUACGUUUGUUGGUUUGACAAAUUUGGGAGCCACCUGUUAUGUCAAUACAUUUGUUCAGGUGUGGUUUCUAAACAUGGAGUUCCGCAGAGCGCUUUAUCUUUAUGAGAAUUCUUGGAGUGUGGCAAAGGCAGAAGAAUGUAUCCUGGAAGAUAAAGGUGGGUUAAAGGGACUCUGUUCUUUAAAUAGUGCUUCAUUAUGAUAUGUAUUUAUUUAGCAGAAUGUUUAUAUCAAGAGAAACUUGACUCCGUCACUAAUAUAUAGCAUUGUGCUUUAAAAAUGCUCUUUUCAAGGCCAUGAAGUGUAUAUUAUAGUCUGGCGGUUUAGGCCAAAAACUUGUAGAUCGGUUUUUAAUUCUCCAUAGUUAGACACCCAAAUGUGACAUGUCUGCUUCCAGUGGUGCGCACAGACAGAGAAGGCUGAAAUAUUUAUCUCAACGUGUUCGACUCCAUCUUCAUUUUUUGUGUAGCUUAAUCUUUUUAGAACUAACGUCUCUGAUGUAUUCUCAUAAUUUUGAGCGUUCCAAAUGGGUCUGUGGAAAAUAACACAAGAGUGUGGGAUCCUCCUUGGAUAAAUUUGCACUCACCAGUUCCCAUCGAGGGGCAAAUUCGACGUGUGGAGCCAGAACCUGUUUGAAGUACUAUUGUCACACCUUGCCAAAAUUAAGCUCACACCAAUGGUGUUCUAAUUUCAGUGACAUUCCAAUACAUUCUCUAUUAGCUUUUCAUAAUCAGCCCAUCUAUGUGAAAAACACAAGUGAGAUUGCCUCUUUAAUUCCUGAAUUGACAAGGCAUCAUUGUAUGUGUUGUUUCUAAUAGAUGCUCACAUUCUUUAGUUGAUUGUACUCUGUUGUGUUUUUUUUCAUUCUCUCAGAAUAUGAGCCGCAAACAAUCUGUGAACAACUGCAAUACUUAUUUGCUUUGUUACAAAAUAGCAACAGACGGUACAUUGAUCCUUCUGGCUUUAUAAAAGCACUGGGCUUGGACACUGGGCAGCAGCAGGUAAUUAUCGACAUAAAUAUUAGAAGCCUAUUUCUUAUCAUUUGCUCUUUCAGUUUCCAUUCUAUGUUGAACUCCGUUGUCCUGCAAAUCUUUGCUAAAUCACACAUUAAAGAUCAUGUAACCACUGCUUCACAACCCUGGGUGAUGAUAAAAGGUUGGAGCUCUCAGUGACAGACCUGUGAAUGGACGAUUCCCUGCGACAAACUGUGUCUGACAAGUCUGUAUCUGAAAAUGUUGUUGUCUUUUCAAUUCCUCAAAGGAAUCAAAGAUACUUGCCCUUCUUUUGGGGUGUAAAGGCAUGCCGCUGGUCUACAUGCUGCCAGUCAGAAAGCAGCUGCCUCCACGCAGAUGGCAGUGCUUUACUGCCUGUGACGUUGCCUCCACGCAGAUGGCAGUGCUUUACUGCCUGUGACGUUGCCUCCACGCAGAUGGCAGUGCUAUACUGCCUGUGACGUUGCCUCCACGCAGAUGGCAGUGCUUUACUGCCUGUGACGUUGCCUCCACACAAUAUUUAUUUUGUCUCUUUUGCAGUUAAUGAAGGAGCUCUCAACAUUUAAAUUCACAAUAGUUUAUUCUGUUAUUUUACAGUAGAACUUGUCAGCAAUUAAAGUUACUCUUACGCGUAUUUAUUUUUUUCUGCUGGUGGAUACUGUGUGGUGGUUGAUGUGCAUGAUAAUGUGUGUCAGAAUUACUUACUAUGUAUGUUCAAGGGAGGGGGGUGGCUGGGUGUGACUUUAUGAUGUUUGAUUACAUUUUAUAGCUAGUGGGCUUGGCUGAGUGUGAUGUGGGUUUGUAUAAGUGUCAGUUGACAGCUUCUUGUUAUGAGCCCUUGUGUGGUUUUGGUUUGGCUAAGGGUGGGCGAAGUUAAUAAAAGGCUAGGAAGGGGUCAUUGCAGGUGAGAAGAGAAAUUACGUAAAAAGAAAAGUGCACUGUGCAAUGAAGGCUCUUAUAUAAUCGUGAUAUUACUUAAUGUAUCACAGUGGGAUAAUUAGCUUUCCUCUUUUCUUGUGUUUUUCUCCUCUUCUGAGAAUCCUUCUUACAAGAAUAUGAAGAGGUUCUGUUAUUACCCAAUCCACACCUGCUAAUGAGAAUUGAGCCUAUCCUUGUAGGGCUCUUUACCAUGUACGUGUGGCUUACAUUCGUAUACACCACUUUAAAGGGUGCACCAUAUUUUGCUACCUUCUUUUUUUAGGAAUACACAUAUAUGACCAAAUCCCCCUCUCCAUUUAGGAAUCUAAGUGUGGAUACACAUUUUAGCGCUCCGCUGGGUUUACUUGUAGUGGAUAGAUUCCACUGGGUUCUCUCUGUUUUUAUACUUCGUGUGUGUGUGUGUGUGUGUGUGUGUAUAUAUAUAUAUAUAUAUAUAUAUAUAUAUAUAUAUAUAUAUAUAUAUAUAUAUAUAUAUAUCUCUCUCUCAGAUUAACAGCAUAAUUCUUUAACGUCUGAGUGGUCCCAUACUGAUUGGGUCAAAACCAUAUAAUGCUGUACAAUUCAGACAUUGUUCAGGCUUGCAAAAAGCAAAUGAACAAUAAUUUGCAAAUAUGCUUUUAGUCCUAAAUUUUUGUAGAACCAGUGCUUAAUGAAUAUUCGGAAUCUUUACAAUAGUAUGUACACUAGAGGGUAAGCGUGUGAAGGCACCGAUUUUAAUUCAGAUGUCAAAUGCAUGCGGAUUAUUGCUACAGAUCUGAUCGGACCGACUGAAUUCCAAACAGAUUUAGUAAAUUUGAGAAUUGCCAUUCCGGUUGGAGUUCAGCCAAUUUUGUUUUAGUAGAUUACCUUGUAUAUGCGUGUGUACAAUGAGGGAAAAAGGUAUUUGAUCCCCUGCUGAUUUAGAAUGUUUUCCCACUGACAAACAAAUGAUCAGUCUAUAAUUUUAAUAGUACCUGUAUUUUAACCGUGGGAGACAGAAUAACAACAAAACAAAACAAAAAAAAAUCAGAAAAACAGAAUAACAGAAAUAUUGCUGAUUGAUAGGGGUCAAAUACAUAUUUCACUCAUUGACAUGCAAAUCAAUUUAUCGACUUUUUUGACAUUUGUUUUUCUGAUUUUUUGUUUUUUUUGUUUUUUGUUUUGUUGUUGUUCUGUCUCCCACGGUUAAAAUACACCUACCAUUAAAAUUAUAGACUGAUCAUUUCAUUGUCAGUGAGCAAACGUUCAAAAUCAGCAGGGGAUCAAAUAGUUUUUUCCCUCACUGUAUAUCCAUUGUGUUCAUUUCAUGAUCUUCAUUUUUUAAAUUCUACAAUAGACCAUGUUUGUAUGUUUAGGAGCCUCUCUUUCACGCAUUCACACACAUCUACAGACUCCUUCUACCUGUGCAAAUGUAUUCUUUGUUAUUGCUAGUAUCUUCAAUGGGCACAUUAACACAAUUACGCAUCAUACAUAUACCCUACUUGUAAAUAAAAUAUAAUGUGUUUUAUUUAAUCAUUAUUUUUAGGUAUUAUUUUCUUCUUACAACUUUAUAAUAUUUCAGUUUGGUUCAUUCCAAAUUUAAGGUUGUGUUUAUUUAUUUAUUUAUUUUUUAUGAACUCCAAGCAUCAUAACUACUGCAUAUUGAAAUGCUGCACGUACUCACUGCAUUCAUUAUGACUGUGUCAAAUCAAUGAAGAGGCCGUGGUGCUUAAAAUAAGCCUUUUAACUGUAUUUUAAAAUAUAAUUAUUUAUAACAAGAUGGAUAUAAAAGAGGUUGGCACACUACUUAAUUUGACAAAAUAGUGUUAAAUUUACUGGAGGGAUAGAGCAUCAUACGAAUAGGAGAUCCCAUUGAAAUAUUUAAAAAAUAAAUUUGAAUGUUAAAAUGGGACACUCUAAGCACCGAAACCACUUAAUCUUUAAGUGACCCAGUCAUUUCAGUCUUGCAGUGUAAAUCAUUGCCGUUUCUGGAAAAUAGCAAUGUUUACAUUUUUCAGUAACCACUUAUGUUCACUGUCUUGCACACUAUGCAAAGACGCAGGACAUUCCAUUAGGACAAUACAGGCAGCUCCAGUGUGAGUAUCUGCACUGUCCUACAAUAAUCCGUGGGAGGUGUGUGUGCAAUGCUCCGUUUCUCCUGCUAGGAAGUGAGAGAGCUAAGGAUCGCUCUUACAUUAGUUUUGAAAAUGAAACCGAAGACAGGAGAAGUAUUGUCUCCCGGAGACUGUCUGCAAGCUGCUUGGAACAGACAUCAGGACAUCACGUUAACUGUGAGUAACAUUUAUCUAUUAUGUAGCUGGUGUCUUUUUUAUUUAUUUAAACAUAUUUUAAUGUUAAAUAUAUAAUUUAACUUAUGUACAUAUAUAAAAUAAAUAUAUAUUUUAUUUGUAGCCAUUAUAUUUUUGUGGCAUAUUCACUACAUUGUUGUAUUCAAAAUUGCAAAUUAUUCAUGCACUCUGUAGUGGUUAUGGUUUAUAGAUUAUCCUUUUUAAAUAGUAAUUGUGAUCAUUAAUUUCACACAAAAAAACAACCCAUUUUGCAGAUUUUGAUUGCAAUUAAGUUUAUUGAAUAAGCCCCCCAAAAAUGACAGUUAUUUAACCUAUAAGUGUGUGUGUGAGUGUUUUUCUCAGUUGCCGAAUAAUGCUGUUAAUCAAAUGAAUAGGUACAUAAUAAAAAGAACACUCCGUGUAAAGAGCAGGGACUGUUAAGUAAGUUAAACCCUUUUUUGCGAGUGACUCUUGGUGUGUAUUUGGGAGUGAGUUUGCAUGGGCAUACAGGUCUGGGAGCCUGUACCACGUGGGACCACAAUAUGUUUCUGUAACAGGCUUUGCAGUUUCUGAUGGUAGCUGUGCCAACUCUGGAGAUUAUGCUGCAGGUUUUGUGUUUGGUCAGCUGUUAAUACUAAGGUAUGGCAAGUUUAAAUGUAAUAUAAAAUGUAGUGUAAGGGUUCGGGGGUUCUGUUUGAAGGGACACUCUAGGCACCAUAUCUAUUUCACUGUUUUGGGGUCCAGUCUCUCUGUGCUGCAGAAGCGUUAGAGCAGCACUUAUAGGCAGGGCCAUCUUAUCACUGCUAUCCCAGGUAUGGACUGGUAAUGUGGAGUGUAAAUGGCUCACUGUUAAGCCUUCAAACAGCACCCAACCCUUUUUAUUACAACUUACAUUGCCCAUAGCUUUCACUAUCUUAAUAGUAACUGUAUCCCUAACACAAAAAUAUAGCUUGUAUCGUUAGUGCUACCUGGGCUACCCUCCAUAAUCGAUCAGACAUGUGGAUCCAUGCAAAUUCACUGGCACAUACAAUCCCAGACCUACUAUCACUUUCAUAUAAACUCCCACAUUCCCAGACACACAUACAAAUUGUCAUACAUUGCUAGACACACACAGACUCUUAGAUAUGCAUUGCCAUUAACACACAUCCAUAGUUUUACUUUUUGCUGCUGGAAGCUGGCUUCCCCGGUGUCCAGUGUGAGCAGCUCCUGCAGGUUACUCUGUCUCCUCCACGCAAUAUCCUGUGUUCUCUGGGAGGGGGUAAUAUAAACUAAUUUACUUGCUGUGCUGCUACGCUAGAAGGCUGCAAUCUCGGCCAGUCUCUGCAGGCAAUUUGGGCCUGUGCGGCCUAAAUGGUAUCUCCUCAUCUGGUCAACAUUGUGUUAAAGGGCCCCUUAACACAGUAUGGACAUUUGCCACUUUUUCACUUUUCCAGGCUGGUUGGCAAGGGACUUUGUAUUAAAAUACCCAUGUCUGCAUGUCACUGGAAGCUUAGGGUGACAUCUAUAUCAAGUAUUUGGUUUGAAUGCAUUUCAUUUCAUGGUCAACACAUGACAAGUGCUGCACCGCCAAUAUUAGCAGUAUUACAGCAUGGUUCAGCUUUUUAUUUUUUGUCGUCAAGAUGUAUAGUGUUUUAAAAGCGUUUCUUUGGGGACAAACGUUGUUGGACAACACAUGAAAAGUAAUCGCAAAGCUUUUUUUUAGUGUAGUAAAUAGUGUGUGUGUGUGGCCAAAAGUGGAAAAAAGCAUUAUGGGGGUGAGGGGGUCCUUGUGCGCACUACUAGGCAAGUCAUGAACAUUGGCCCCCCUUGGUCACAUUGAACAUUGCUGUAUGGGCAUGGUAGCAUGUUCCAUGCUCCACCAGGCAGUUGGCUAAAAGAUUAAAUGUUACUUUGUUGCAGAAUAUUUUUACGGCUGUGCCAGAUGUGAAUAGGAGUGCCAGGUGUAAAUAGUGCUGCCCUUUGUGGCAUUGAAAAUCAGUGUAUUGGUAUGGCAGCGCUUUUCAUGCAGUUUCUGCAGUCAUUGGUCUGUUUUGCAGCUUCCAGUGUCAGUUUUUGUGAUGGAAACUUUUCCCCCCCAUAUGCCUGAGUUAAGUAGUCAGCUCAAUAUAACCGUCUACUAUUGUCAGUGCAGUGCAAGUUUCAGCAUUUUUAAGGAACACUCUAAGCACCAUAACCACUAUAGGUUGCUGUAGUAGUUUUAAUCUUCCAAAUUGAGUAGUCCGCCUGUUUUGAGAAUGUUUUGACAACUUUACUGUGGUCCAACGAGCACCAGCCACUACCUCCGAAGAUGGAAGAAGCUCCAAUGCUGAGAGCUAAACCUGACAGGGCAUGGAGGCACUCGGUAGCUGAGAGUAAUUUGCCUUAUGAAAAAGUGUGUCUGUCUAUCGUGUGUAUGUCUACUUUACAAUGUGUCAAAGCUUAAAGGAACACUAUAGGGUCAGGAAUACAAAUGUGUUUGUAAACACUGCCAGCCACCAUUGCCCUGCUUAUAGAGUUAAAUCAUACCUUUAUUCCAGUGCCACAGAGGUCUGCUGGAGUUUGUUCCAACCUUUCUUAUGGUAAAGCAUUGAAUUCUGGUGUUCUCAGCCAAGGAGGUGGGACAGGUUGUGAAACAAAACACAGCGCUGGCUAAUCAGCAUCUUUGCAUACACGCACUGAAUCAAUGCAUCUCCAAGAGGACUGUUCAGUGAAGACACUAAACCUCACCAGCACUGACCCAGGAAGCACCUCUAGUGGACGUCUGAGUGACUGACACUGAAGGUGUCCCUAAGCACCAAUACAAACACUGCCUUUUCUACAAGAAAAUGCCGUCAGGGACUGACUUUACUCACAAGAACAACUACAUGAAGCUGUUGAUGUUCUAGUGACUGAGUCCAUUUAAUAGGGACAGCUUGGGCUCCACAACAAAUUUAAAUGAAGCUGAAUGGUUUUUACCUCAAGAGGUUCAACCAUUCUAGAAUGGUUUAACCCCAACGUUACCUCCAGUGCCGAUCUCUGCUGUCACCCCCAUACAGCAUCCGGCUUUUGAAAUUUCAGUUUUUGAUAAGUGCAGAGUGCUGCCUGGCAGGGGUGCCUCCAAUUGGCUGAGAGCUGUCAGCUGACUCCAAUCAGUGACUCCCUUGCCAUGGAAAGGGUAAGUGUUGUGUUUUUUUUUUGUUUGUUUUUUCAAAGCCAGUUUUGUGAAUGGGGAGUCACUGGUUGAUAGCUUCAGCUGACUGCUCUCAGCCAAUCAGCAACGCCCUUGCCCAAUGGCACUCUGCGCUUCCUGAAACUGAAAUUUCAGAAGCCAGUUGCACUUUGGUGGAAGAGCUAAAACACGCACAGGAGGCAACUUCAGGCUAAAAAGUUUGAGAACAGUUUAACCCCUUGAGGUAAGAGUGAGCCUGGGGGCCUCCUGGCACCAUAACUUAAUUUAGAUGAAGUUGUUAUGGUGCCUGGAGUGCCCCUUUUAAAAUGUGAAGUCCUAUGCUCCCAGCCAGGCAUACACACCAAGGUGUACUAGUUAAAUUAGAGGCGAGCUGAAAGAAUGCCACGUAGUCCAUAGUAGUGCUCAUUUCAUGUUUUUUUUGUUUUUUUUAAUAAGAAUGUAUGUUCAUAAGAAUAGAAUAAAAAAAUAUAUAUAUAUAUAUUUUCUUUUUUUUUAUUUCAGGAAAACAUUAAAAGGAGUCUGAAAAUUCUAUCUUCCAGCGGUCCACAGAGAUUUUUAUGUACAUAAAAAAAUUUGUAUCUGUUUUACGUUAUCUUGUGUAUAGUUAUUUAAUGUCAUUUUUAAUACGAAUAAAGAUUUUUAUUAUGAUGAGCAGAAUUAUUGAGAAUAGAAGGAUGUAAGCUUUUAUUUUUUUGUUUAUCCUAAUUUAUACAAUCCUAUAUUUUUUUUAUUUUUAUAAUUUAUGAAAAAAAUUCUUAAUUUAAGCUAAUUGGUUUGAAUAUGUGUGCGUGUGUUGGACAGACAUUGGGUAUACUUAAAAAAUCGGUUCUUCGGAGACAACUGACACCUCAUAGCAAAGGAAAGAUUCAGCCAUUUCAAAUGAGAGAUAGCUUGUUGUCUACUUAUACAUAGACAAGGUGAUGAAUGCUCCUUUUUGGUGCCUUUUUUUGUUAUUUGUGUAUUGAAAACAUUUGCUGAGAUCAAAUGGAGAUAAUUAACCUCAGCUGCAAAAGUAUGGAAUCUGGUUGCCAUGGUUUACUUGUGCCCCUAGGUGGACGCAGGAAUAUGGAUUGUAGACCUAGACCCCUGCUCAAACCGCUACGCCAUGAGGAAACCCCAGUGUCUCUUGACACUUCCUCUUUGUUUAAAAACAAACAUCACAAUGAAAUUGUAUGAUAAUGAUGUAGGGAUUACUUGACUAAAUUAAAACGAAAUUAUAUAUUAAUUUAUUACAUUUGUUAAAACCAAAAUAAGAAAUUGAGAAGAAAUUUGUGAUAUUUUACAUUCAAAUUUACACUUUAAGCGUAACCAAUACGUCAAUAAACUUAAAAAAAUACAGUUAAACACUUAUUGAAAAUCACAUAAACAAAUAUACAUGUUGCAAAUAUAUGAUUAUUAUUUAUAUAGCGCAAUCAGAUUCCGUAGUGCUGUACAAUGGGAUUGAUCUUAACAUUUAUUUAAUUGGGAAAUAUUUUUGUGUGAUUUAAAACAUUUUUAUAUGGAAAUUUCUUUUUAAAUGAUGUAUUUUCACUUUUAAUAUUUAUUUGUUUUACAUUUCGUUAAAGGUCCACUAUAGUGCCAUACUCUUUUUGGCACUAUAGUGUCUCUAGGUGCCCCCCUCCCGCCGGGCUCUAGGGAGUGGAAGGGGUUAAAUCUUACCUGUUUCCCCCGCCUAGCUCCCUCGGCGCGGGGAACUCUCCUUCUCCUUUUCGCCGUCAUCGGCUGAAUGUGCAUGCGCGGCAAGAAAAAUCACAGUGAGAAGCACGGAAGCACCUCUAGCGGCUGUCAAUUAGCCACUAGAGGCUGGAUUAACCCAUUUGUAAACAUAGAAGUUUCUCUGAAACUGCUAUGUUUACAGCAAAAAGUGUUAAGCCUAGCUGGACCUGGCACCCAGACCACUUCAUUAAGCUGAAGUGGUCUGGGUGCCUAUAGUGGCCCUUUAAAAAAAACUAUAAUUUGUAGAGAAUGUUUCAUGAAAUAGAAAAUACAUUUUUGUGAUUAAACUUCAAUACUAUUUUUAGAUUCAUCAAAAAUAAAAUUUUGUAGUGUUUUCAUACAUGUGAUUUUUGGGAACAUAAAAUUAGAAUUUGAGACCUUUUGAAAGAGAGGAAAUUUGACUGUACAUUGUGAAUCACAUAAAAGUUUGUGAAUUUAUUUUGAGGAUCGAGAAGAUAUGCUGUGAUCGGCUGCUUUCUGCACUUAUCAGGGGGUUGGUUUAUUUUUAUGAAAGUUAAUGUUUUUUUAUUUUACAUAUAUAGAUGUAAACAAAAAAGUACUUUUAUUCAUCUCUUUACUGAAUACACAGUAUGAAUAGCCCCUUGUGCUCUAGUUGAGUAAAUGUAACAUACAUAGCUCACCAACAAGGCACAGAUCCGUGGGGAAAAUGCACUGUAUAGAAUCAUACAUCGAAAUAAACAAGGCAAGGUAAAAAAUAAAUAAAAUGUAGUGUGUAGCAUUCCUUCAGUAAUCACCCAUCGAAUCCAUGUGGAAUGUGUCUGGAAUUCCCAUUCAUCCCAGACCUAUGCUAAAUCCCCUAAGUUUGAAGUUUUGUCUAGUUGCAAAUGCAUAAGUCUUAGUUUUGGCCUAAUUGCCCAAAAUAUCUGCCCUAGAAGGCGAUAUGACUGACUUGUAAUUCUGUGUGAACGCAUCUAUAAGUAAUAUCUUGUGCCAUUUAUUAAUUUGACCUUGGAUGUAUCUAAAUAAUCCCAAGAGAGGAGUGCAGGGAAAUUUGCAAUGUAAUUAUUUAAUAGAGAUACGAAAUAUGGUGUUAGAAUAGUUGUGAAUGCUGGGUAGUAAAGGUUGGUAAAACCGUGUGGGCCAGGGGAAGGUACUUUAUAAAUUAUGGCUUCUGCUUCUUCGUUGGACACUGGAUAUAUCAAAGGCAUUUUAGAUUUAACUCUCUGAAAUUGUCUCUUCUAAUACGUUGGCUACUUCCUCAGGCUUGAGUUGUGGCAUUGUAAUGUCAUCCACUAGGUUCAUUAUUUAAUCUCCCUUCUCAUUGACCAUAUGAGUUAUAUUAAACACAGACCUUGGCUGGAACUUAAUUGUCUAAGAGUGAUGCUGUUUUGUUAUCGUUAGCAUAAAAAACUUUUCAUUUAAGAAGAUAUAAAAAAAAAAAGUGUAGUUUAUUUAAGGCUAAUUUAACUUGUUCUAUUUUCUUUAGAGUUAUCUGAUUUGAUAAUAUUUUAGUUGUCUGAGGUCAUACAAUUGGAUUCGCUGCUUGUUGGAUAAAGUUGACUUGCAAAGUGAAACUUCUAUUACUAAGUUACCUGACGUUAUAUUAGCCUUUCCCUGACUCAUAUCAUUAUUGUUUUCAUUAAAAUUAAAAUAAUAGGGGCAUGAUCAGACAAUGUGAUAUUGGACAUGUCCAAACUCUCCACCAUCAAAAUUCUUUCUAUUCUAGAGUGCAUAUUAUAUACCAUAGAAUCAAAAGUAUAGUCUUUUUCGUGAGUGUUAUGUCAGUGUCAUAUGUCAUCUAGGUCAUGUCCAUGAAGAGUUUCAUACACAAAGCCAGCCUGUCGGAACAGUUACGGUUGUGUGUAGAGAUAUAUAUAUAUUUAUUUAUUUAAAUAUCCAACGUUCUAUCUUUACAUACUACUACCCUACCAACUCUCAUUUGCUCUGUCUUAUGCAGUAUAUUUUAAAAAUCUUUGUUGACCAGAGUUUACGAAAUACACGUUCGCCGGGGUAUAAGAAAAGUAAUUACCUUUUCCCACCUAUAAAAUAUAUCUCUCCUUCGGAUCCUUCACCACUUUAACCUGCCUUGUUUUUUGUUUUUAAUAAAAGUAGAGUGAUUUUGAGUAAAGUUUUAAAGUAUAUCGAUGGGUGCACAUUGCCUCUUAAAAUUAUGUUUCCUGAAUACACAGGAUAGCCGCAUUCGGCUGUUUUGUCUCUCUAAGCGCCAUCCAGCAUUUGUUAUGGGGAAUACUGUCCCAUAACAUUAAAAGCUACUACCUUGAGUACCAUGUUUAUAACAUGUGGAGAAACUGGGUUAAAUGCCUGUUCUUGAAACCUUGUACAUCCAGAAUAAUUUACACUUUUGUGCCGGUGGCUAGUUACAUCCCCAUCACAUGUGACUGUAGCAGCCCAGAAUUUCCAGGUUAUCUAAUGACAAUUCUGUGCGUAUUUUACUGACAUUUUCCUAAUUUUAAAUCUUUUUUUUUCUUGCAGACAAAACAUGCAAAUAGAAUCUUGUGUCUCCCCUUCCACACUGAAUGCAGCCCCCCAUCACAUCCCUUACAUUUAAAAUAAAAUAAUUUUUUAGGGAGCCCCCUCCCUUUUCCCCUUCUCUUCUCCUCUCUGAACGCAAAUAUGCAGCUAAACAAUCCAAUCAAAGACUUCUCUACGAGAAGCCUUUGACUGGACCACACGACUGAGGCGUGACGUCAAGAGGUUGCAUGCUGAGCAGCGCCGAGAUAAAUGUUUUGCAGAACACUGCCCCAUAUGCCUGCCUCCCUAGCCACGCCCCCUCACAUGAGAGACUUCCUUAUCAAGUGUACGUACACCGCUCAGUCAAUGACUUUUAAUUCACAACCUGGCUGCAGACCACCAAUAGGUAGUGAUAUCCUUUCGACAUUUCUGCUUGGAGUCACAUACGGAACUUUAUACAUAGGUAACUGGAGAAGACGGCAUAUUGUGAUGUGAAAAAUAUUUGCCACUUUUUAUGAUUGCUGAGAGUGAUUUAACGAAUUUGGAAAUGAUUGCUGUUUAUUUUUGCUAAUAAUUUGAUUAUUUUAGGAUGCCCAGGAAUUUUCCAAGCUGUUCAUGUCCUUGCUCGAAGACACCUUGUGCAAACAGAAGAACCCCGAUGUUAAAAACAUCAUCCAGAAGCAGUUCUGUGGGCAGUAUGCGUAUGUCACAGUGUAAGUUGCAGGGUUUUUGGGCUCUUGCUAGAUGUGGAAAACUAUAUUAUAGGCGGGAGCUUGAUUGACAUCGUGCUUCCUGAUUUCAGCUGCAGUCAGUGUGGCCGUGAAUCCAAGCUGCUGUCUAAAUUCUACGAACUGGAACUGAACAUCCAGGGCAACAAGCAGCUUCCGGACUGUAUCAGUGAGUUCUUGAAGGUAAGGUGUAUGAAUGCGCCACUCAUUGCUCGGUGAGCUCCGCGACGGCUGUGAUGGUGAUAACCUUCCCGUUUGUGUAUUUUCUGGGACAGGAAGAAAAGCUGGAAGGAGACAAUCGAUAUUUCUGUGAGAAUUGCCAGAAUAAGCAAAAUGCUACAAGAAAGAUCCGAUUGCUCAGUCUUCCCCCAACGCUGAACCUGCAGCUGAUGCGCUUUGUAUUUGACAGGUAUAUUGCUACGGUGCUGAGUGUAUUCCUUACCGUGAUAUCCAUGACGAUGUAGACUUGCCUGCAUGAAAAUGUUCCUUUCUUUUGUUUUGUUUUUUUGUUAUCUGAUGAAGUAAAAAAAACAAAAACAGAUAUUUAUGGCAAUAAUGGUUAUGGGUGAGAUUAACUGCUUGUAGAGCGAAAGAUAAAUCUAAUCACAAGAAUUAUUUUUUCUUUCAUUUGUAGCACAAUUAGAAAUGUAUUUCAUAUUUUUUUCUUUUCACUACAUUUGGGAUCCAGAGUAAGAUUCCCCCCAUGCCCUGCUGCCAUUUAUUAGCAAUGUAAGAAAGCUGACUUAAAACCGCCAUGGUGUGUUUCACAGGCAGACUGGUCACAAGAAGAAGCUUAAUACCUACAUUGGGUUUUCUGAGACUCUAGACAUGAGUCCAUAUCUGGACAGGACAGGUGAGUGAACUUUAUUUCUGCUCCUGUCCUUUACAUAACAAUGUAAAGAUAGAUAGAGAUAUAUAUAUAUAUAUAUAUAUAUAUAUAAUAUAUAUAUAUUUUUUUUUAAUUAUUCUUUUUGUUCAACUGUAAGGGGGUGGGGGUGUUGCUGAAUAGUAAGUUGUUUGGUUGCCAAGACUUAUAAUAAACCAAUUAAUUGAAAGGGUAGAGAUUGCACGUGUGGGAAUUUCUGGUUAGAUGGAGUAACUGUGUUAAGCUGUUUUGUGACAUGUGAAUUCUGUGAUAUCCUCUGUAUUCUAUUCUACAGAUGGGGAAUGUGUGUAUGAGCUGAGUGCCGUGCUCAUACAUCGUGGAGUAAGCGCUUACUCUGGGCAUUACAUAGCACAUGUGAAAGAUCCACAGUCUGGUGAAUGGUAUAAAUUUAAUGAUGAGGAGAUCGAGAAGGUGGAGGGGAAGAAACUCCAGCUUGGGAUUGAGGAAGAUCUAGGUAAAGCCUUUACGUUGUGAGUGGCCUUCUUAAAAAAAUCUAACUUUAUUUGGAAAAUGCUGCAGAUCUUAUCACAGAUGAGAAAAUGUUUUUUUAAAGGAAUACUCUAUGCACCAAAACAACUUUAGCUCAAGAAAACCAUUUGGCGUAUAGAUCAUGCCACUGAUAUAUUUUUGCUUAAUUCUCUGCCAUUUAGGAGUUAAAUCACUUUUGUUUAUGCAGCCCUAACCACACCUUCCUUGCCUGUGACUGACACAACCAGCAUGGAGAAUUUUUUUUUGUUUUUCAUGAUCAGAUGUUACAGCAAAGUGUUUAUUUUAGAAGUUCUCAUCUUCUGCUCUGUUAAUUAAACUUAAAGUGGCACUGUCGUGCCGAACUUGCAUUUCCACCAUGGUUUCCUUUUCUCUUCCUGUCUCAGAAACUGAUCUUUUUUUUCCCCUUUAUUUCUGAUCUAGUUUUCAUUAAAAGCAUAAGACAAAGUAGGGACUGCUUUGUAUUAUGUAUUUUUCCUACGGUUGACUUUCUUUGAUCAAAGGAUUCGGUUAAGUCAACUCCAUUUCCUGUAUCAGAGAAAGUUUGCCCAUAAUACUCACCAACCUCCUUGACACAGGAAAUGGAGCCGACUUAAAGGAACACUAUAGGGUUAGGAACACAAACCUGUAUUCCUGACACUAUAGUGUUAAAACCACCAUCUAGCCCCCCAGUCCACCCAUGCCUCCAUAAAAAUAGCAAAAUCUUACUUGUGUUCAAGCCUAAAGCUGUAGCUCUGCAUGUUGUUUGCCUCAGAAAAACAAGCUGUCUGCUGACAUCAUCAGAAGUGGUGGCCUGAUCCAAUCACAAUGCUUCCCCAUAGGAUUGGCUGAGACUGACAAAGAGGCAGAUCAGGGGCAAUCAGCAUCUUCUCAUAUAGAUUAAUUGAAUCAAUGAAUCUCUAUGAGGAAAGUACAGUGUCUGCUUGCAGAGGGAGGAGACACUGAAUGUUUGUAAGCAUUUUAGGCAGCCAUGACCCAGGAAGGAUCUCUAGCCGCUAUCUGAGGAGUGGCCAAUGAAGUUAUCACAAGGCUGUAAUGUAAACACUGCAUUUUCUCUGAAAAGACAUUGUUUACAGCAAAAAGCCUGAAGAUAAUGAUUCUACUCACCAGAACAAAUUAAAAAAGCUGUAGUUGUUCUGGUGACUAUAGUGUCCCUUUUAAGCUCCUCCUUUGGUUAGAGAAUGUCAGGGGUAGGAAAAAUACAUACAACAAAGCAGUCUUAUGUUUUAAAGAAAACUAGAUAGAAACAAUAGGAGAAAGGGAUGUUUGUCGUGAGAGUGCCACUUUAACUCACAUACAAGGCUCCUGCAGGCUUGAGUGAGCUACUAACAGAGCAGGAUAUAGGACAUUCUAAAUUAAACAGACUGCAAUAAUAGAAGUUUAAGCAUUAGAUCUCUCUUUAACCCCUUUAGGACGGCGGGCGUUCUAUGCCGUCCUUAGGGACCCAGCUGUAAACACCGGCGGGCGGCAUAGAACGCCCAAGCUGUCCUUUCUACUUACCCGGUCGCUGGUGAUCGCGGUAUGGGGACUUACCUGGGAGCCCAGGGAGUCCCGGCAUAGUCGUCCAUGUCAGUGCCAGCAGGGGGAGUACUUUUGCAAAUGGUAUGCCAUCAUGGGGGUAAUUCUUAUUCCUGGGCUACCAUACGGUCUCAAAGGCAACGUAACCAAUCUGGCAAAUUUCAAUGUGAAAAAACUGAAAAAUGUAACAUGCUAUAUUUGACUCUGGAACUUCCCAUAACACCAUAAAACCUGUACAUAGGGGGUGCUGUUUUACACGUGAGACAUCGCUGAAUACAAAUAUGUGUAUUUUAUUGGAGUAAAGUAAACAGUAUUAUGGCACUCACAGUUAAAAUGUCACGUAGAACUAAACAUUCAUUUUAAAAUUCUUAUUUUCUCCCAUUUUUAAAUAUUUUAUUCAUAUUAAAUUGUUUCAUACCUAAAUAUUUGACGUUAAAUGAAAGCCAUGUUUCCCCUGUAUAAAAUUUUAUAUAUAUAUAUAUAUAUGUAUGUGUGUGUAUAUAUAUGUAUGUGUGUGUAUAUAUAUGUAUGUGUGUGUAUAUAAUAUGUGUGUGUGUGUGUAUAUAUGUAUAUGUGUGGGUGCACAUAAUAUGAAAGAGGUGAAUUACGCCUGAACAGACAUAUAGCGCAAAUUCAAGUUUUUGUUUACGUUUUGUUUUGAUCACAACGUGUACAUUUGGCUCAGUCCUUAAGGGGUUAAGUGUGUAAGGAAACUGCAGGUCACAUGCAGGGGAGGUGUGACUAGGGUUUCAUAAACAAAGCGAUUUAAAUCCUAAAUGGCAGAAAUUGAGCAGUGAGACUGUGGGGGCUUGAUCUAUAAACCGCAACUGCUUCAUUCAGCUGUCUUUAUUGGAGCUUACAGUGUACCUUUAAAUUAAAUUUGGGAGAUCUGAUAAAUAUGGUAUCAUUUAUGGAUUUUCUUGAAUUGAAUUCUGUGAUUUAGACCUGUCUGUUUUCAUUGCUACUACAUGCUAGUGUAUGUAAUGAACAUCAGAAUCUGUUACCAAUGACAUUUUAUUCUGUUUAUAUUUGUUUGUCAAGGUUAACCCCUUAAGGACACAUGACAUGUGUGACAUGUCAUGAUUCCCUUUUAUUCCAGAAGUUUGGUCCUUAAGGGGUUAAGCCAUUCCUUUCUCUGAGAACUGAGAUCAAUUUCUUGCACAGAUUUUGUUGCAAAGACCGAGGUCCCCUUUUCCCCUUGUCCUUGCUGCAAACAAUAUUUAGCACCAGCACAAAAUUAAAGGGACCCUAUGAGCGCCCAGACCACUGCAGCUCAUUUAAGUUGUCUGGGUUAGGUGCCCCUGUCAGUUUAACCCUUUGUGACGGGCUGAUCAUCAUCACGUGUUCUUUGAGGGGCCUGUUUGCCAGCCUCCUGCCUCAGGACUCUGGGCCAUGCAAAAAGGCUCAUAAAAGACCUUGUUUGUGCCUUUUUGCUAUUCUGUUCGGUAUAUUGCAUUCCCUUCCUAUUCUAACUUUGUCCCAUUCGACUACCGAACAACCGCACAAACCAGAGACCACCCUGGAGCUUGUUAACACCCACAACUUGGAACAGUUCUCACCGCAGUGUUCUAAUUAUUCGUCUGGCUGGCCGCAAUUGCUUUGGACAACCACGAGGUGGCGGCCAUCUUGUUCGGGUGAAUGCAGGCAGCGCUGUUUGGGCAUGAAUCUCAUGGAACUAAAAUCGGACACUGAAACUCCCGAACACUGCUGGACUUCCAUCAUCGCCUGCAUUCGGUUCUAUACAAGUUAGAUGGGCACUGUUCGGUGAAAUCGUUCGUCUGGAUGAGGGCAACAAGCUCCAGGGUAAGAACAUUGACUAUGUUCGGUAGUUUGUUCGUUUUCCAAACUACUGAAUUAGACCGACUGCAAGCCCCUGAUUCUCUGGAACUGUUUUGGGCAUGGGACCAUGCGGGCGGUCUGUUAAAAAUAUGACUUCCAGGAAAUUCCUGAACUGAUCUUGGUGAUUUUUUGAUAUGUUGGUCACUCAGAUCAGGACUAUUAGGGGAUGUAACUUUGUGUGGGUUUUGUGUGUUUUAAGGUAUUUUUGGGGUUUGUAAAAUUUUGUUUUUUGUGUGUUUGGAGAUAAUUGAGUUUAGUAUAGAGCUGACUCAAUUAUCUCCCAGGCAUAGGGGAGGGGUUGACCUAUUUUGUAUGGGAGUGUUCUGGACCCGAGAGCCAAUCACGGUACUCCUUUGGAUCACAACACUUGCUCUUAUAAGAGCCGCCUGCUUCGCUCUCUGGACUAGGAAGUCUACACACUGGAAGUUGGGUCCAGGGUGGGUGGAGGACGGCGAGACCCCAACCAAGCUGCAGUGGUUUGUGGGGUUUACGGUGCUUAUGGUGCUCGCAAGUACUAGGAAGCAGCGAUUGACUAAGGUUCCCGGUCCGUCACAUUGGUGGUAGCGGCGGGAUGGCUUCCUAGUGAGUGUAGAAGCAUCCUGAAGACACCGGUAUCAUUGGAUUUAUAAUUGAGGGCAACGCUAGUAUUUGUACAGCGCCCCUAUCUACGAAGGAACUCUGAAGAUGGACGAGCUAGUCCCCGGGCAGCGCUCACAUACGAGGAGGAGUUCCUUCGGGAGAUGCGAUGGCGACUGUCUUUUUUUGGCCCUGAUGGUAAAGAUUGUUAGGGCACUCGAGACCCAAGUGACAGAGUACCUGCAGUACCAAGCAGAAUGGGCAGGUGAGCAUGCCCCAGCAGAAGCAAGCAGCCCUGGGAGUGGAGAUAGUCUGUCUCACUACCCAGCACCAGGCAGUGUUACCAGGAGUCGAGACAGUCGGUCCGACUCCCCAGUGGCAGCCAGAGAUACCAGAAGAGAAGACAGCUUGUCCCCCUUCUCAAUUACAGGGUCCUGGUCUCAUAGACUAUUCCUGGGGGGAACCCCAACUUGCAGGUGGAGAUGGGACCGAGGUCUCUCCACCGGCCCUUUAGGGAUGCUGGGCAGGCGGCCCAGAUCCCCAACUGCACCUGGAAGAAUGAGGAGGGAGGACAGUUGGUCCUACUCCUCAGCGGCGGCACACCGUACAGGGAGAGGGGAUAAUCGGUUCCUCUCCCCAGCGGCAGCCGGAGGUACCGGAAGAGGAGACAGAUGCCCCCUCUUCCCCCACUACAAGAGGAAUACUGGGAAGAGGUGGACGAUUCCUCCUCUCAGCAGCAGCUGCCCAACCUGGUAAUGGGGAUAGUGGAGGAGAUGGCAGUACCCACUGACCCCAUCCCAGCGGAAGAGCUGGCAUCAGGGCAGAGCAGAGCUGCCCUCUGCCCUACCAGUCCCCUUAUUACAGCACUGGAUUGUCCCCAGAUCCCCCCAGCAGGAGCUCUGGCAUCCGGGCAGAGAGCAGCUGGCCUCUGCCCUCCCCUUUCCCUUUGUCCAGGGUCUGUAUACCCGCAGGCCAUCCCAGCAGCGGAGCUGGCAUCAGCGCAGAAGCAGCGAUUGACGGAGGUACCCGGUCAGGGUGCCAGGCCAUCCGUCACACCCUAUAAUGGUAAUUAUUGCAGUUAUUGAAAAAAAACGCACUAAUUACAUUGUAAAGUUAACUCCACCACUUGUGGCUGUCUACCAGACAACCACUAGAGGGCGGAGGCGGAACCUGACCCAGCAUCGAGGGACAUUUGUGCUGGAUUCAGAUAAGUGAAUUAAGGGUUUUUAACCCUUUCUGCUUGCCGUGUGCAUGAGCGAGGGGGGCACUAAAGGGUACAAUAGUGCUAGAGGUACAAUUUUGUAUACUUAGCCUAAAGUUUCCCUUUAAUAUUGUAAAAUCUACAUCUAAUGUAAAAUACAUUACAUACAGAAAAAAAAUAUUUUUAUUGUCCUAAUGUAUUUGAAUCAACUAACCGCUCCGCGCUUUUUUUUGGCUUUUAUUUUUUUUUUCACCCACUUGUUUCAUUUUAAUUUUACCCAGACAAUUAUUUGAGUGUAUGGUUAUUAUGAUCCUUAUACUGAAUGCUUGCAGUGUAUGAGAAGUAGUUGUAGGUUGUUUUUAUAAUUUUCAUUUUAAUUAUUAAACUGUUGCAUUGGUAUUUAUAUUGAAAGCUAUGUUGGUAAAAUGUUGUUGUUAUUUGUGUCACUGAUUAUAACCCUAACACGCAGAGUUUAGGAUAGGAAGGAACAGACUAAUAAAAUAUAAAUGUCUUACCAGGCCUUAGAGUGGCCGGAACUUAACGUUAGACCGAGUAAGCGUAGUCGAAAUACGAGCCCAGGUCAGAGUAACGGAGAGACAGCGAAAACGAGAACUAGCCAGAGUCAGGUACAUGGUAAUAAUCAGAGGGGCAAACAAGACAAGCAAGGGUAAAAGAAAAAAAUGAGUCCGGAAACAAAGCCAAGGUCACUACCAGAAUACAAAACUAUAUCACAAGGAACGCACUAAAGGGUACUGGGAACUGAAACCACAAUAGGGCACAAAAUCUAGGGCCAGGUAAAUUUAAAUAUGUUUGUUGUUAAUUUGAUCGGUUCAUGCCAGGCCUGCGCCACAAAACGUGUGUGAAUGGGGGCGCCGGAAUGACGUGGGCCAAUGGGAGCCGAUCGCAAGAACGCGUUUGUGAUGCGAGCAGCAUUCCUAAUACUGUACAGGCCACGCGCACGUUUAGACUGUUCGGCGCACGGCCUGCCAGGAGUGUUCGAGCCACAUGCGGCUCGAUCGGAGGACCCCUGCUGGCACGCGGACUGGGUAAGUACUUUUACAAUUUGGCAUAACUGCACAUUUGUCAUCACAAAACCUGUUGACUAAAAAAAAUCCUUGCUGUGCUUUAAUCUUGGUGGUUUAUAGUAUCUUUGAACAUCUAUUCAUAAACAGGGCUAUACAUAGGACACGAGGUCACACAUUUAGGCUGGAAGAAAGGAGAUUUCAUCUAAGGCAAAGAAAUUUUUUUUUUUACAGGAAGAGCAAUAAGGAUAUGGAAUUCUCUGUCUGAAGAGUUGGUUUUAUCAGAGUCCAUACAGAUGUUUAAACUGAAAUUGGAUAAAUAUUUGCAAAAACAUAACAUACAGGGAUAUAAUUUCUAAUUAGUGGGGUAAUAGCUGCUUUAUCCAAGUAGACAUCUGACUGCUAUUUUGGGGUCAAGAAGGAAUAUUUUCCUAGUCUGUUGCAAAAUUGGAAGCGCUUUAGACUUGUUUUUUUGCCUUCUUUUGGAUCAACAGCAAAAAUAUAUGUGAGGAAGGCUGAACUUGAUGGAUGCAAGUCUCUUUUCAGCUAUGGAACUAUGUAUGGGGCCCACAACUGUUCUUGGAGCCGUGUAUUUCAGUCUGCAUGCUGUAUACUUAAUGAGGGUCUAUCACUUUAUUUCUUUGUAUUAUGGACACUUCCCUUUUCUUUACUGCAAUGUGGUUUACAGUGACCGUAAGUAUAAAACCUACCAGUGCACUUUCACGUGUGAUGGACACCUCUGUGCUUUGUGCACGCUUGGAAUUAUGGGAUAUGUAGGAUUUGUUUUGAAUGUAAAGCUGUGCUUUUUUUUUUUUUCCCAAAAACUAGUACCCAGUGUAAGUUUACUAUUUAAGUGAGUAUGGCCCUCACACAGAAAUAAUGGUUUAUUGUUCACUAUGACGUUUCCUUUUUAAAUGUCUGUUAUUACCUUAAUUUAUCUUUUAUCUUCCCAACAGCUGAGCAUUCAAAAACACCAAUACGCAAACCCAAAUGUGCGAAAGGCAUUCACUGCUCUCGUAAUGCGUACAUGUUGGUGUACAGGCUGAAGACUGAUAAGACAGAUGCUGUAAAGUUUGAAGUGCCAGGUGAGUGGAUUGAAUAAUGGACUGCAAAUUAAACAUCACCCCUUUCUUGCUAACCGUAGAUUUACAGAAAAUGUAUGAUAUUUUACACCCUAGGACAGAGGAACGCAACCAUUGGCACUCCACAUGCUGUGAACGAACAUUUGCCAUAAUGCUGGCAAAGCAUCAGGGGACAUGUAGUUCACAACAUCUGGAGUGCCAAAGUUCAUUAUUAAAAUAAUCGUAAAAAGACAUUUGAUUCAACUAUUGACAAAUUCAAAGAUAUUCAGUUUUAGAUGAAAACUUAUACUUGGUCUGCUUUAUAAUCCUAAACAUGACGACAACCCUACAGUAGUUGUGUCUUUUCUUUGAUGAUUGUAUAGAUUAUAUUGUUUGGGCUUUAGACUGCAUCAAUGAACCGAGGUAUACCACUCACCUCGCUCAGCCCUGUGCUUUUAGCAUUUCUCUGUAUCGCAUAUAGCUAUUGUUUGAAUGCGCUCCCACUACAUAUAUAUAUUCAGGCCCGGACUGGCCAUCGGGCACACCGGGCAAAUGCCCGGUGGGCCGCGGUGGCCGUGGGGCCGAGGCCGGCAGGGAGGUCACAGGAUCUCCCCUGCCGGUCUUUGCAGGGCCGGCACUAUCUGAACGCCGGCCCUGCAGUAGUCUACAGCGGGCCGGUGGGGAGAUCAGAGAUCUCCCUCACCGGCCCACAUGCAGGAUAGUGCGGCCGCCGGGGGAGAGAGGGAGGGAGCCAGCCUGCCAGGAGAGGAACCCGGCGGAUCUUUAACUUACAGCUCCACCAGGUUCCUCUCACGAGAUUCUGAGCGUUGCCAUGGCAACGCUCUGGGUCUCGCGAGAGUGAACUCUAGCCCAACAGGCUAGAGUUCACUCACCACUAGGACCACCAGGGAUGGAUGGAAGCCCCAGCAGCAGGAUCCCCCCCUCCCAGGCAUAAGGUAAGCAGGGAGGGGGGAUUGAAUCAGGGCACAGCAGGGCACAUAACACUCACAGCACCCUCACACACACACACUGCACCCCUGACACUCACAGCACCCUCACUCUCACACACACACUGCACCCCUGACACUCACAGCACACACACUGCACCCCUGACACUCACAGCACCCCUGACACUCACAGCACACACACUGCACCCCUGACACUCACAGCACACACACUGCACCCCUGACACUCACAGCACACACACUGCACCCCUGACACUCACAGCACCCUCACUCACACACACACACUGCACCCCUGACACUCACAGCACACACACUGCACCUCUCACACUCACAGCACCCUCACACACACACACACACACUGCACCCCCUGACAGCACACACACUGCACCCUGACACUCACAGCACCCUCACUCACACACGCUGCACCCACACCCACAGCACCCUCACAGCACACACACUGCACCCCUGACAUGCACUGCACCCUCACUCACACACUACACGUCUGACACUCACAGCACACACAAAAUGCACCCCUAACACUCACAGCACCCUCACACACACACAUUGCACCCCUGACACGCACAGCACACACACUGCACCCCUGACACUCACAGCACCCUCACACACACACACUGCACCCCUGACACGCACAUCACACACCCUCACUUACACACACUGCACCCCUGACACUCACAGCUUCCUCACAUGCACAUAGCACCCUCAUGCAAACACAGCACCCACUCACACACAGCACACACACACUGCACCCAUCACACACACAGCACCCUUACCCACAUAGCACCCUCACGCAAACGCAGCACCCAUCACUCACACACACACUGCACCCCUCUCUCACACACACUACACCCCUUAUACACACACACACACACACAGAGCACCCUCACACACACUGCACAAUAUGCUUUCCAGGCAUUUUUGUCUCCUGGUAUCCCAACUAUGGAGACACCAGAGACAAAUUUCAAGCAAACACAGUGCAAGCAUGUUAUUAAAUUUGCUUGCGCUGUGCAGAACAAAUACAGGGUAUUUUUCUCAUGCCAGAGCUCUUCAGCAGAGCUCUGCGCAUGGUCUACCCAACCAACAUGCUCACUUUGUGAUGGGGCGUGCUUGUCAUUGGUGAUGACAAAAUACACCCUAUCUGGCCCCGCCCCCUUUUGAGUGGGCCGCUGUAAUUAAAAAAUGCCCGGGCCGAAUUUUCUUCCCAGUCCGGCCCUGUAUAUAUUUGUGUGUAUUUUGUGUUGUAAUUUUUCUUACAAAGGUAUUUUACUAGAUUACAGUCCCUGGAUCCUUUUUUUUUUUUUUUUUUGAUAAUUUACUCUGGCAAAGUAUUUGUAUCAUUUCAUGAGGAUGUCUGUUCUGUGCGUUUACUUUACUUGCUAUUGUAACAGGUUACAGCAGUGAAAUCCUAUCAUUGAGGUAAGGAAGCAAUGUACGGUCUUGUUUCUGUAACCUGUUGAUGCAAGUUAAAUAGGUAAAUACACAGAAUGUAAAUACCCCUGAUGAAGGUGUUUAUCCAACAAAUUGCCUGUGAAAGCAGAGUAACUGAUAUUCCAAUUUUCGGCCACAGUUUUCCUACAGAAGCUGGUGGAACUGGAUAACUGCAAGUUCGAGGAAUGGUGCGUGGAGAUGUCGGAAAUGCGCAGAGAGAGCGUAGACAAAGGGAAAGCCAAACACGAGGAGGUGAAGGAGCUUUACCAGAGAUUACCUGCUGGAGCUGGUCUGUAAAAUAUUUUAAUACCCCAUUUUUUAGCAUUAGGGCUCCUGCAUGUGCCAGGUACUAGACCUCUGAGACAUUCGUAAAUUUCUCCUCUCCAAUACUUGUGUAUGUUUCAUACAGCAUUGGCCUCAAACCUCUUUUUUCUUGCUAAUUGUCUUGUUAAAUCACUGGUAUUAUUCCUCUCUUUUGACACUGGCUGAUUUGUAUUGAUAUAAUUAUAAUUUUUAUUAUGUUCUGUAUGAAUUUAAAAGCCAUAAUGAAGAGUAUUAACUGUAGCCACAUGAAGAAUUGGUCAAUGUUUUGCCUGACUUCGUUAUUUUUUUUCUCACAUUAACUUUUCCUGAAUAUAAAAUAUAGCACUUGUUGUUAGCAUGUGUUGAUCAAACAUGUCUGGAAUGGACAAAUGUGUUAUUGGUAUUAUUGUCUGUUUAGCUUUGCUAACACCAGUCAUUUUUCCUGUCCUAUAUCAUAGGCCAGUGGUAGGCAACCUUUGGCUCUGUAGAUGUUGUGAACUACAUCUCUCAUAAUGCUUUUACAUCUAUAAUGCUGGCAAAGCAUCAGGGGAAAUGUAGUUCACAGCAUGUGCAGUGCCAAAGGUUGCCUUUAAACGUAUUCUCUGUCUGUUUAAUAAUACUACAAAAUUACAAUAAGUAAAAGCCGAAGAUUGCCUUGCCCCUGUCGUAGGUAGUUCCUGAGAGUUUGCUAGAAAAGAUUAAUACUUUGGUACCUUUCUCUGCAGUGUAUGAACCGUGCUUGGUCACUCCAUCUUAUUCCUUUGUCUGCUGUCCUUUUUAUUUUAGAUAAUUCUUAUGAGUUUGUGCCUCUGGAAUGGCUCCAAAAAUGGCUUGAUGAGUCAACCCCUACAAAGCCAAUAGACAAUUCCAAAUGCUUAUGCCCUCACGGGUUACUGCACCCUGACAAAAUCUCUGGUAUGAAGAGAAUCUCACAAGGUGCAGCAGAAAUCUUUUUUAAACGGUAUGGAGGAAGUCCUCGUCUGACAGGUGAGCGUGUUCCCAGCAGCGAUUCCCAUGUUUCCUGUCUGCUAGAAUGUAUUUGUUGAAUCACUGCUUCCCUUAAAUGAGUGUUGAUGUGCUACAGUUUGUAUUGAAAGGGUGUUGUUGCAUCUCUGUGUCAGGUGGUUGAUGUGGCGCCACUGAUCCUAGUGGGUGGCUAUGCUCCACUUUCUGUGUUAAAUUGGGAGAGUUGCGCCUCUGCCUUUGUUGAAUGGGUGAAGUUGCCAACUGCUGCUUUGUGUAUUUAUUAGAUAUUUUAUUAUUUUUAUUUAGCAGACGCAUUGUGCAAGGACUGUGUGGUUGAGAGGUGCCGGGUACUUCGUCUGAAGAACCAAUUAAAUGAAGAUCAUAAAACAAUCUCAAAUUUGGUGAAAGUUACUGCAAACAGGUAUAACUUUCAUUGAUGAGGUUUGAUAAACUCUUGUACAACUCAGGAGGUGUGGAAGGGGCAAUGCUUGGAGAUCUUUUUAUUCCAGCUGCUUCUAUUAUAAUUGACUCUUUUUUUUUAUUUUAUUUUUUAUCACAGUGGGGAAGGUUUUUGGGUUGGGAAGGGAUCACUUCGUCGAUGGCGCCAACUGGCAAAAGAGCAGUUGGAUCAGCAGGAUGACGAAUGUGAUCAGAGCAACGGAAAUGUUAAUGGAGAUGAACCAAAGACAGGUAACUGCAUCAUCCGGUGGUGGUUUGGAUACACCAUUGCCCACCCCCACCGAUUUUCACAAUGCUAUUCUGUUUUCCUUUAAUACAGAUGACUUGCUCGAAGAAAAGAAAGAAACAGAUUCUGAGCUUGGGUUUAAUGAAGAUAUUAUUUGUGAACAUGGUAAGUAUCCUCUUUAAGAAACCUCUGGAGGAAAGGAGACAUCCUUAUGUAAGACAUGGGGCACCAAUACAACUUUAUAUGUCUGAUAGAUUGUGCCCUCAUUAUUAUGCUGUAUUUAUUGCAAGCUCAAAUCUGUAUUUUUUUUUUCCAUAGAAAAACAACUUUAGCAGAAUGCUGCACCAUAAGCCUGCCUCCUUGGUGCCUAGAGAGAUAUCAGCUAUGCCUCACUGAUGAUGCCCAACAAGGCUGAAACGAUUGUCUUCAGUUGUUGUAUCUCUCGUGCAGAGGGAACUUGCUGGCAUUUAGGAUCUGGACUGCCCGUAUGGGUGGGACCAGUCUGAUAUGUUUCAGAGAUGUUCUCUCUGUAAUGGCACAAGAUGAUCUAAAACCAGUUUGAGAACUGAGCAGGGACCCACCGAAGGGCAGGCUAUUUCAGCUGCUGCCUGUUCUCAGUAUUCUCUUGUUUUUUGCUCUCCUCGUCCACACCCUCUCGUGGCAGAAAGACUUCCUUAUCCAUGUAUGUACACAGGUCAGCCUCUGAGAGAGCUGCUUUUAAUUCACCACCUUGCUGCAGACAGUCAGAGAAAUUCUAACCCGGUAGUGAUAUCCUUACUGCAUGUUUCCCUGGGUGUACUCUCCUUGUGCAUGUUGUAGUUCAGAUCAUUUAAUGAUAAGGAGGUUUUUCCCCACAGUGAGUAUGUGGGCCAAGGAGGCAGGCUUAUGGAAAACAUUCAUUCUUUGUGUAAAAAAACUAUAAAGAUUUGAGCACGGAAACAAUACAGCAUAUUAAUGAAGCCAAAACCUAUUAAAUGCAUUCAAUUUGUAUUGUUGCCUGGAGAGUCCCUUUAAAAGCAGCGUUGCACCCCUACCCGUCCCAUCCCAUGGUGAUUUGAAGGAGCGGUUCAUAUAAUAGCAAGCUGCUGAACACUCUGUCCUCUCCACUUCUAGGAGGCCUCUGUAUUUGUGAAAGUGAGAGGAGAGUAAUAACAGAUGAAGCGUGGUUCAAACUGAAGGAAUACUUUCCUAAUGCUCCGGUGUUUCGACAUGAUCAGGAAUCCUGCUCCCAUUGCAAGGUAUUUCAUGGAGCUGAUGUUUCUCUGCCCUCUGUCAUCUUCUGUAAUUUUUAAAGAAUGUCAUGUAAUUAGAAUAUAUGCUAUUCUUUGUUGGUUGGUUGUUGCAGCCGAGGCUAUUCACUUUAUUUUCUGAGCAUGCAUUGUGCCAUGGAAAGAUCCUUCAGAUCACUGUUUCAAUGCCUUUUAUAAUGAUCAUUCCAUUACUGAUGGCUAGUGCUUUUUUUUUCAGAUUUUGGAAAUAGAAGGUGAGAAACAUGAAGCCCUACAUAAGAUGAUGGCCAAUGAGCAGAAAACAGCCCUUCCAAACCUUUUCCAGGACAAGAACAGACCCUCAGGAGGCAAUUGGCCUCAGGUGUGUUGGUCUCUGUAUGUCAUAUUGUGUUGUGUGUCAGGAAGGGUGCGCGUUAUGCUCGCUGUGUGAGUGUCCCGAAGGUUGGGUGUCAUACUUACCAGGAUGUUUGCACAGCAUGCUCAGCUGUGUGUUGGGAAGGUUGUGUGCUUGCUGUGUGUGUUGGGAAGGUUGCGUGGUGUGCUUGCUGUGUGUGUUGGGAAGGUUGUGUGGUGUGCUCACUAUGUGUGUUGGGAAGGUUGUGUGGUGUGCUCGCUGUGUAUGUUGGGAAGGUUGUGUGGUGUGCUCGCUGUGUGUGUUGGGAACGUGUGGUGUGCUCGCUAUGUGUGUUGGGAAGGUUGUGUGGUGUGCUCGCUGUGCGUGUUGGGAAGGUUGUGUGGUGUGCUCGCUGUGUGUGUUGGGAAGGUUGUGUGGUGUGCUCAUACGUGUGUUGGGAAGGUUGUGUGGUGUGCUCAUGCGUGUGUUGGGAAGGUUGUGUGGUGUGCUCGCUAUGUGUGUUGGGAAGGUUGUGUGAUGUGCUCGCUGUGUGUGCUGGGAAGGUUGUGUGUUGGGAAGGCUGCAUGGUGUGUUGUAAAAUGUUGCAGAAGAUGUUUGAAUGAAUGUGUGAAUAAUUGGAUUGAACUAUAACUACUCAACUGUUUUUAAAGAAAUUGACUUUCAUUUUGUAUAAUGUCAUACAGGAAGCUUCUGAGCUCUAUGUUGUAUCUCAGUUUUUUGUGGAAGAAUGGAGGAAGUUCAUUAGGUAAAAACACCAUCAUUUCAUCUUCUUUAUAAAGGGAACUGCCAAACCCCUCUUAGCUGAAAUGUUUCCUUGUCUUUUAGACUGAAUUUAAAGUUUUGCUCUAUUGUAGUCAUUAGCCCUGGUUGUACUGUUUUCUUGUACCAUAUCUUUACACAGUUGAGUACAGAAUACUAAGCAUUGCAGUAAAGUGACAUUUUAGUUUGCAUGACUUACACGAAGUCAGUAGUUGAGAUCUCUGUUAGCGAGACUUGUACGGGCACAAAUAUAAUCUCAUGCCCAUAGUAAGUACUAAGUAAUGUUAAAAACAACAUCCUUUCAUUUUUAUUUUUAUUUUUUUUUGUGUACAGGAGACCAACAAAAAGCAGCCCUGUCUUCUCUCUGGGGAACAGCAUCCUCCUGUGUCCACACGGGGGCCUUAUGUUUACAUUUUCCAACAUGACGAAGGAGGACGCCAGGCUGUGAGUUUCUAAUCUGUUUAAUGAUGGUGGUUUGGGUGGGAGGCAGACUAGUCAGAUCUAUGUCACUAUCCUGUCUGAUGGUGGAUACUUAGAUAGCUGACCGUUCAAUUGAGAUUGUGUGUGUGUGUGGUUACUGUAGCUGGAGUUUUACUGAUUGUGAAAUGCAAACUUCUGUCAUUUGCAACCAUCUUAUAUCGUGUUUUUCUUUAAACAGUCUAGCUCUGAUAUGGCCUGACGAAUGGGAAGCCAUCCGAAAACUCUUUACUGUUGACCAUACAAUCAAAAUCACCAAAACAUUUAUAACGGAGGAGGACGCCACGGUAACUCAGCGUUACGUAUCAGACCCUGGUAAAUCAAGUGUUUAAUACAGUAUUAGUUUCCUGUCUCGGAAACUGUGUGCUUGUAACAGGCUUUUUUAAAAGCAAAAUAUGUAGAUUUCCAAGGACAGCUUUUUAGAGCAUAAUGUAUCCUCUACAUAACAUAAAGGUCACUGGCGAGUGCUAGGCAUUCUCUGGUGUCAAUGUAUGCCUCCUUACACGCUCUUAAUUUGCUCGUCUUUGUUGUAGAAUUAUGCCCGGAGUGCCGGGAAGGCUUAUUAUGUCAACAGCAGAGGGACAUGCGAGAAUAUGCACAGGCUACAGUCUAUGUCCACAAGGUGGUGGACGAUAAAAAGGUAAUGCAUUCUUCCUGUAGCAUUGCUUCUGAUACACAUUCAUCAGAAAACAGAUACUGACCUGUGCAAACUCUUCAUAUAGGUGAUGAAAGAAGCUGCUCCAGAACUAAACGUGAGCAGCUCAGAACCAGAAGAUGAAAAAGAAGAUCCCCGACCAGAGGGUGAGAGUGAUCCUGAUUUCAGUCAGGUGAGAGACUCUUAAUAGGAUCCUUCAUAUUGCAGAACCAAGUUAAUACUAUCAUGUGUUUAAGCUAUGAACAUUAUAUAUAUAUAUGUGUGUGAUUUUAUACAGGUGUACUUAGAACUUGGCGGGUGACAAUACAGUAAUUAUUCAGCAGGUGUAUAUUUUAUUUAUUGGAUGCUCACAUUCUAGGCGGAAGUUGAGUGUAAGAUUAAUGUAAUGCAUGUAUAAGAUUAGAACAUCGUGCUCCUUGGAUAUUACAAUGUGAGUGUUACUGUGGGGAUGGUAGUUAUGUUAUUACAGUGGUUUAAUUUCUCAUACUUCCGGCAUACUGUGACAUGGUGACACUCCUUGAAGGAGCUGUUAAAGUGUCCUUAGGAAUAGUGAAUUAAACUCGUUUUUUUUCCCCGACUAGGAUUUUGAAUUCUAAGCAGCAGUUAUCAUAGACCAGGUGCCCCAUUACUAAAUAGUAAAUAUGGAUAUUCUUCAUAACGGGAGACUGGAUUCAGGAUUUAGGCUUGAUUCAUACUGAUGUGAUACACAGAAUAUGGGCUGUGCUGCACAUAGGGAAAAAUAAGCCGUAAAGCUAAAACAUCAGAGCUCAAUAUCUGUUUAUUAAAUUUGACAGCAACGUUUCAAGGCAGUGAAUUAUUUAUGACUAGUGUAAUCAAUCACAAUAUGUGUCUGUUUCCUGUCUGGUUAGAACUUCACCUUGAACCACUUAUGGCUUUAAAUCUGCAGAUAGUGACUGUAGAAAUCAUGUGUCCAGUAAUUGGCAGCUCAUGUCCAUAUUGUAACAAUAGAUCCCCAAUGUAGUAGUAAUUGGCAGCUCAUGUCCAUAUUGUAACAAUAGAUCCCCAAUGUAGUAGUAAUUGGCAGCUCAUGUCCAUAUUGUAACAAUAGAUCCCCAAUGUAGUAGUAAUUGGCAGCUCAUGUCCAUAUUGUAACAAUAGAUCCCCAAUGUAGUAGUAAUUGGCAGCUCAUGUCCAUAUUGUAACAAUAGAUCCCCAAUGUAGUAGUAAUUGGCAGCUCAUGUCCAUAUUGUAACAAUAGAUCCCCAAUGUAGUAGUAAUUGGCAGCUCAUGUCCAUAUUGUAACAAUAGAUCCCCAAUGUAGUAGUAAUUGGCAGCUCAUGUCCAUAUUGUAACAAUAGAUCCCCAAUGUAGUAGUAAUUGGCAGCUCAUGUCCAUAUUGUAACAAUAGAUCCCCAAUGUAGUAGUUAGGAGAGGCGAUCCACAGACAUCAUGAUGGAGUGCAUCAGGCAAACGUUAUUGGGUUACGUGUACAAAAUUGCCUUAAAAAAAGGGCCAAAAUUGAUUCAACUGUAAAUGAUUUUGUCCAAUAAACAUUUCUUUCUCCAUACUGAUGCGCUGUUAGACAACGCAAACUAUUUGUGCCAUUCAUGGAUAGAGAGAUUUAUCUACCUCUUUAGGCCAACGGGGCAGCAAAGAGACAGAAGGUGUCCAGUCAAGGCUUCAUUUCCCAUCAGAAGCAAGGAAUUCGCCGCAGCACGCGGCAUCGCAAAGUGAGAGGAGAAAAGGCUUUACUGGUCUCCGCUAACCAGACUUUAAAGGAGCUGAAAAUUCAGGUAAUGAAACCUCUGAAGCGAUUAUCUUUUUCUUGUGAGAAUCUGUAAAAGGUCAUGGAAUUUCCUAGCGUUUUAUAACUGUGCCUCAGAAUAUCUUUAAUGGGGUUCUGUCACUGACUGCCAAUAUUUCCUCAUAAUACCAAAUUGCUGCUUUUCACAUAAAAUGCAACAAAGUGUAUAUUCUGGUCUGUAUUCCAGUAACUAUGCCCCUCAUAUCGCAUUGUACAAGCUAAGUGUGUGGAAUAAUGUCCUUUCUGGCACACUGGUGGAGACUUUCCAUGUGGACACUGUAUUAAUUAUGGUGCUUUCUGCAGAUCAUGCAUGCGUUUUCCGUCGCCCCAUUUGACCAGAACUUGUCUCUGGAAGGGAAAGUACUGGACAAUGACUCUGCCACUCUCGGGGAGUUAGGAAUCAUUCCAGAAUCAGUCAUUGUGUUAAAGGUAGGAUUUUAACGGCUUGAUGCAAGAUAUCUUCAUGUUAGCCCCAUGAACUCAUGGAAUUUUUUGAUAAAUUUUAUAUAUUUUUUUCUCUCGCUCUCUGAAGGCUGAUGAACCACUUGCAGAUUAUGCCAGUAUGGAUGAUGUACUGCAAGGUAAGGAGGGAACUGGGACCUACAGAGAUUUAAAAAAAUAAAUAAAAAAAUCCAUUGUGUUUUUACUCCAGGACCCAGGUUGCCAAUAUUUUGUACUACUCAUGACAUCCUUAUUGAGGAAAUCGAGGCCUGAUUAGAUUUUGAAAACAUAAUUCUAGCCCAGAAUGGAGGAUGAUUGCUAAGUUGUAAAUCUAGCAUUGCUAUCUAUGCUAUGUAAAAGCACUCUCUAAGGCUCCAAACAGCUUUAGCGUAAUUAAAUGGUUUUGGUGUUUAGAUCAUGCAGUUGCAGUCUCGGUGCUCAAUAUUUCAACUCCCUGCAUGAGACCUCCACUGCCUUCCUAAAAACAAAUUUAGUUUCCUUUAUUGCACAGUCUGUUUCAUUUCUUAUCUCCUGCUCUGUUAAAUAAAUGCUUGCAAGAGCCUACAGCAGCCUCCUGUGUUGUGGCUAGGGCUGCAUAAAGAGAAACAAAAUUGAUUUAAUUCCAAAUUGGCAGAGAAUUGAGCAGUGAGAUGGCAGGGGCAUAAUCUAUACACUAAAACUGCUUCAUUAAAGGGACUCGACAGGCACUCAGACAUCUUCAGCUCAUUGAAGUGGUCAGUGCCCUUAACCCUGAGCAGGUAAUUAUUGCAGUUUUUUAAAUAAAUUGCAAUAAUUACCUUAAAGGGUUAACCCCACCUCUAUGCAUGAGAUCUUCCAGCGUCACCAGAAUCUUCAUAUGAAAGCAUUGAAUAAUGCUUAACAAUAGGGAAAUCCUAAUGCAAGCGUGGCUGUUAAUGCAAGUGAACAUUAGGUAUCCACUGCCGGUUGACGUCGGCAGGGGAGGAGUGAAGGCAGACCCAAGCAAGCAGAGGGACAUCGACGAUGGACCCAGGUAAGUGACAGAAGUGGUUUUUAACCCCUUACUGCACCACAUGGGGUGGGGGACCCUUGACAGAGGGGGAAGCUAUAGUGCCAGCCCUUUAACGUAAAGCUGUUUUGGUGCAUAAAGUGUUCCUUUAAUACUCGCUAUGAAGCUGGUUGCCUAAAUGGCGUAGAUCUGCUAUAGAAUGUUUGCGUACUGUAUAUUUGUGGUUCGCUUUGUGUUAAACGCCUCUUUGAACACAGUGUUCAGUUAUUUUUGUUGUGAUCUUGUUCUGCUUGGUAUUUGUACAUGUACUGUAUUUAUUUGUGUUCCUGCCAUAUAUUUAUGAACUUUUUCUUGCUUAUUCCUAGUUUGUAUCCCAGAAGAAGGAUUUAAAGGUGCGUAAUUAUUUUUACUUUUUUUUUUUCUCACACUGGAUAACUUUUGAUGUAUUUAAAGCCAAAUACUUGAAAUUGAGAGUUGCCCGGGUUUUUAUUGGCUGACUGAAACAAGCGACCAGAUUUAACCCUUUCAGUACUACUCCAGUCCCAGCGCUGUUGAGAUCAACAUUUUGCUGGUGAUCACUCUCUGGUCAUGUAAAUGAAAUGCCAUGGGUGUACUCCACUGGUUUUGGUAAGUUAUAUGUGAUUAAACAGUACUUGAUGUACCUUAAGAGGUUAGACAAUGAUCUUGCCCCCACGUAUAUCUGUUUCAAGGCAGUGAAUUAUUUAUGACUAGUGUAAUCAAUCACAAUAUGUGUCUGUUUCCUGUCUGGUUAGAACUUCACCUUGAACCACUUAUGGCUUUAAAUCUGCAGAUAGUGACUGUAGAAAUCAUGUGUCCAGUAAUUGGCAGCUCAUGUCCAUAUUGUAACAAUAGAUUAUAGGUUUCAGUGACUGUCAUAGCAUGGGACACAGUUUAUAAAUAUCUGGCUCAUAGUGUCUCGUCAAAUGCAUUUUAUCUGUGCUGGAACAGAAAGUCUGCACUGCAUAGCAUUGUCAGAUCUGAUAUCACUCAUUUCUUCAAUUCAGCUGCCACAUGGAUCCUCUAACCUUCUAUUGCCUUCCGUGUGAACCUAGCAGCAGUUUGUGGCACACAGAUUCAUGCUGCAUAUUGUACCAUUCCUUCUUAGUAUGUAAACUAGUUUGUUUGCCACCAGAUCCUUUUGUUCUCUUUAAAAUGUUUCUAUUUUUUUCUCAAUUCUUUUCAGGAACUGGUCUGCUUGGGCAUUAGAACCGUGACAACUCAACCGGCAAAUAAAGCGAAUUUACCAAGGGUGCAAAAUGUAUCAGCUGUAAGAAUAGCAGAUACAGACUGGUCACCUGCCGAAUGCAUUGCCCAUGCCGAAUGCCUUACAAUGACUUUAGCAGAUUGCACUGAAGGACUGCAGAAGGAGAGGGGAGGGGGGGGGGGAGAAUGACAUUUUUUUAAUGUAUAUAAUUGAGGAAAUAAAAUCUAAAAUGUCGAGGAAGAGCCGCCAUAUAACUUGUUUACAUACAGAGUUUAGAUAAUAUUCGGUAUGUUACGAGUAUUUUGAUUGAUCCCCAUUGGGACAGAGGUACUUGAGCUGCAAGGUCUUCUGGGUAGUGGAAGCUCUUAACACAAUGGCCUGUGUCAGACCUAUUAAAAAUGGAUACUUUUUUUUGCAGUUUCCUUAAGGCAUGAGACUGGUUUUGUUUGUAGGCUUUAGACUGCCAUGCUGCACUGUUUAAUUCACACACAUACAUUGGCUGUUAGAAUUCCCAAGAAUUCAGCUCAGUAUGAUCUGAGUUGUUAUGUCAAACGUACAAUGUGAAUAAAGCAAGUUGCUUUUCCUAUGGACCAUUUAUUAUGUUAUAUUUAUAAUACUGCUCCUGAACUGGACCAGAGCCCAGAAAUACUUGGAAAUACCUGGACUUGCUAGUGAAAUGUCUUUUUUCUUUCCAGACUUGUACCUGUGCUGUUUCCUCCCCAAUAGAUCCUAAGUCACACUCCACUAUUUAAAUGGUUAAGGCAGUAGCUUAGUAAAAGCUUUUCCCAAUCACACAUUCAGGAAAUGUAUCUAUUUUACAUCUAGGUUAAUUGAAAUAGCUACCUUGCUAUGCACGCUGUGUUUAUGAGUGACUGAAAAGUGUAGAGCAGGAGAACCCUCUUGGUGGCAGUUCAGUUUUCCAUCACAUCAACUUUCUCACCAGAAAAGAUCACUCUAUGAAACUGUAAGCAGCUUGACAUUUAGCCAGAACUAAGUAGUAAGUAAGCAGUGAUAUAUGUCCCCGUGACACACAAUGCCUGGCUCCGGUCCUUAUAUCAAUACACAGUAAGCAGUGAUAUAUGUCCCCCUGACACACAAUGCCUGGCUCCCGUCCUUAUAUCAAUGCACAGUAAGCAGUGAUAUAUGUCUCCGUGACACACAAUGCCUGGCUCCGGUCCUUAUACCAAUACACAGUAAGCAGUGAUAUAUGUCCCCGUGACACACAAUGCCUGGCUCCGGUCCUUAUACCAAUACACAGUAAGCAGUGAUAUAUGUCCCCGUGACACACAAUGCCUGGCUCCGGUCCUUCUAUCAAUACACAGUAAGCAGUGAUAUAUGUCCCCGUGACACACAAUGCCCGGCUCCGGUCCUUAUACCAAUACACAGUAAGCAGUGAUAUAUGUCCCCGUGACACACAAUGCCUGGCUCCGGUCCUUCUAUCAAUACACAGUAAGCAGUGAUAUAGGUCCCCGUGACACACAAAUGGCUGGGAGUGUCAGUAUAACUGUCUGGUCAGUGACAG